AUGAUUUGCCACUCUUGGGGCAUCUUUUGUGUAGUUGUGGCUCAGGAUCCUGUGGCCACCGAGUUGCAGCAGCUACUGGAUACUCUGCGAGAAGCCUAUACCGCGCGGGGAGCUGGCUGGCUGUGCGAGGAGCUGGCCAAGCAGACCGCCGCGCAGCUGCGACAGCUUGCUGGCACCACGGGCGUGCAGCAACGUGAGGCUGGACGCAAAAUGUCCAAAGCGGAGCUGCUAGAGACACAUUUCCGAGGAGCAGGCGCGAUGAGGGAACGACGCCGCGUUGCUCAGUUGGAUCCUGCGGCCACCGAGUCGCAGCAGCUGCUGGGCUCUAUGCGAGAAGGCUUUGCCGCACGGGGAGCUGGCUGGCUGCGCGAGGGGCUCGCCAAGCAGACCGCCGCGCAGCUGCGACAGCUUGCUGGCGCCGCGGGCGUGCAGCAAUACGAAGCUGGACGCAACACGUCCAAAGCGGAGCUGCUAGAGAAGGUGGCGCAGCACGUUUCCGAGGAGCAGGAUCCUGCGGCCACCGAGUCGCAGCAGCUGCUGGACUCUAUGCGAGAAGGCUUUGCCGCACGGGGAGCUGCCUGGCUGCGCGGGGAGCUGGCCAAGCAGACCGCCGUGCAGCUGCGAGAGCUUGCUGGCACCGCGCGCGUGCAGCAACGUGAAGCUGGAUGCAAAAUGUCCAAAGCGGAGCUGCUAGAGAAGGCGGCGCAGCACGUUUCCGAGGAGCAGGAGCUGGCCAAGCAGACCGCCGUGCAGCUGCGACAGCUUGCUGGCACCGCGGGCGUGCAGCAACGUGAAGCUGGACGCAAAAUGUCCAAGGCGGAGCUGCUAGAGAAGGUGGCGCAGCACGUUUCCAAGGAGCAGGAGCUGGCCAAGCAGACCGCCGCGCAGCUGCGACAGCUUGCUGGCACCGCGGGCGUGCAGCAACGUGAAGCUGGACGCAAAAUGUCCAAAGCGGAGCUGCUAGAGAAGGUGGCGCAGCACAUUUCCGAGAAGCAGGAUACUGUGGGGCAUGCCAGCGCCGACGACCCCGUUACCGCAGAUGGCUUGCGGCAGUUGGCAGCGGCGCUAGGCGACAGGGACUUCGUGGAGUUCCACUGCGCAAUGCUGAGCCGCGCUCAAGCGGACAUCAAGUACCACGUGUGGCGACUGCUUCGCAAGCUGUGUGAUGCCCGAGCAGAAACUGCUGAAGCUGUGGCUGCUGCUGCGCCGGACAUCGUCGAGUCUUCGAACUUGCGCAGGGCUGCGGCGGCGUACUGUUUGGAUGUCACCGUGGAGGUCAUUGCCCGCAGGCACUGCUCUGCUGCUGAAGAGGCGCGGAUACUCGCCACAGGAGUUGUCAGCGCGUUGCAGCAGUGGCCUGCAGUGGAGGCUGCGCUGGCCUCGCAGGUCGCUGUCACGCGGGAAGACGCUGUGGCUAGCUUGCAGGGAGCGGCGACUCCUGGCCUGUGUGUUCCUUUGCAGCACGCGCUGCUGGCUGCCGUUUUGGACGCUUGCGGUGACCGGCGAGCAGGCUGGUGGCGGCUGGCAGACUGCCAGGAGAGGGCAGACCCUGUCGACGUGGCCUCGCGUCUUUGCUUUCUGGCCAAGUUGGACGAAGAGCCGCCUGCUGCUGACACCGACGACUACGAAGAUCGCAAGGAUGUUUUGGAGGCGCGUUUGCCUUGGCUUGGGUGA